AUGUCUGCUCAGUACAACAAGGCCCCCAGCGCUGGCACCAAGGUCGAGCCCGGCUCCGCAGCUCCCACCCGCGGCGAAGCCACAGGCCCCGUCCCCUCGGGCUCCCUCGCAGCCGAGUCCGCCAGCCACGGCGGUGAAUUCGCCAACAACCGCGGCGUCGACGCCUCCAACCACUCUUCCACCUCCGCCACCUCUUCUUCCCAAACCGGCACCCGCGCUGCUCCCGGGUCCGGCUCCUCAUCGGUCCCCGGUCAGGCCGGCGAGGCGCCAACGUACGUGAACAACCAGUACAUCCGCGACCCCAACGGCCCGCACGGCAAGAACAUCACGGAGGGCUUCGACACGAAGAACACGCGGGAUGGCGUGCAGGCGGCGUUCAACGCCGAGAUCGGCAGCGAGAACGACCCCAGCCGCGCGGCGGAGCAGGGCUUCCUGCAGAGCCAGACCAAGGCCGGCCGCGACGCCGGUCCCCGCCAGACCGAGGCCGGCGGGCAGACGGUGUACGAGAACUUGAAGAGCGAUGUCCAGGCGUAA